UGGUGAUCAAAAAUAGCCACGUAUCAAUGUGUGUGUUUUAUAAGUUAGAUGGACGCAGUUCUUGCACACUAAAGCUGUAUAUUGUUUUGCUAAGUGUCAGCUGAACUAGCUAGCUUGUCUGUUAACUUAACCUGUCAGCCAGUUGGAUUGGACAACCUACCAAAAACAGACGUGUGCCGCGUUCCUUUACAGCUUUUUUCGCGCUGUGAACCGUCCAGUGAACCGUUUUGAGUGAAGUGUCCCUAUUCAAAAAAUGUCGGAGGAACGCGGAGAUAACACCGCAGAUCUUGAGAAAGAAAAACAGUCAGCGAAUAUAGAUCAAAGUGCAGAAAGUGACAAGUCAGCUGAUCUGACUGUAAAGGAGCAACAGCACUCUGAAGAUUCAGCGGCAUCAUCUGUGUCCGGAAAGGUGAUAAGUGACGAUGAAGAAGUGAAGCGUGCCACUGAAAGAGGCGAUUCAGCUGUAAAGAACGCAGAUUCUACUACAGAAGGAUGUUCAUCACUAGAACAGGACAGUAGGCCGAGUAAGGAGGAGGACAGUAAGCCGAGUAAGGAGGAGGGCAGUAGGCCGAGUAAGGAGGAGGGCAGUAGGCCGAGUAAGGAGGAGGGCAGUAAGCCGAGUAAGGAGGAGGGCAGUAGGCUGAGUAAGGAGGAGGGCAGUAGGCUGAGUGAGAAGGAGGGCAGUAGGCCGAGUGAGGAGAAGAGCAGUAGGCUGAGUGAGGAGGAGGGCAGUAGGCCGAGUGAGGAGAAGGGCAGUAGGCCGAGUGAGGAGAAGGGCAGAAGGCCGAGUGAGGAGAAGGGCAGUAGGCUGAGUAAGGAGGAGGGCAGAAGGUCAAGUGAGGAGAAGGGCAGCAGCCUUCCUCAAGCUGAUGACAAAAGUCAUGGUGAUCACAACAGAGAAAUGCCGACAAAGGAGGAGGAGAAGGGCAGUAGGCCGAGUGAGGAGAAGGGCAUUAGGCUGAGUAAGGAGGAGGGCAGUAGGCUGAGUGAGAAGGAGGGCAGUAGGCCGAGUAAGGAGGAGGGCAGUAGGCUGAGUAAGGAGGAGGGCAGUAGGCUGAGUAAGGUGGAGGGCAGUAGGCCGAGGAAGGAGGAGGGCAGUAGGAUGAGUGAGGAGGAGGGCAGUAGGAUGAGUGAGGAGGAGGGCAGAAGGAUGAGUAAGGAGGAGGGCAGUAGGAUGAGUGAGGAGGAGGGCAGAAGGUCAAGUGAGGAGAAGGGCAGCAGCCUUCCUCAAGCUGAUGACAAAAGUCAUGGUGAUCACAACAGAGAAAUGCCGACAAAGGAGGAGGAGGAGAACACAAUUACCGAGGCAAUCAGCGGAGAGGAGAAAGCAUCUGAAACAACCACUUCACCCUCCUUGGACAAAAUAAAGGAAGACCAGGUAGAUGGACCCAAAACCAGCCCUAAUGAAGAAUCCUCAACCACUAACGACACAAACGGUGAUGUUAACCAAGAUGGGGAGAAUGUGUCGGACGAGGAAGAAGACACACAGGCGAACGCAACCUCAGCACAGAUGCCGUUACUAAAGAACAUGUCAGCGGAGGAUGAGUUUAAAGAGAGAAGGAAUGUUGAGACCAUUGGCCCCGCCACUCAAGAGGCGAAUAAACACACGGUUGUAGAGGAGACAGGAAAUGCAAGAGGAAGUACAAGAUACCUGAUAGCAGUGGCUAUAGUUGUAUUCGUUGCCAUCUUGGUGCAGCAUCUCCUCCAACCUGAAUCUCCACCGCAGAAACAUGACGAGCAGCAAAUAGAUGUCUUUCUCAAGCAGAUGGAAAAAGUAAAGACUCAGUUUCCUAACCAACGCGAUGAGCUUUGGAAUAGGUGCAGAAUCCACCUGAAGAGGCACCUCCAGACUUCCCAGCCAACGGAACCCGUGAGUCUGAUCCUGACUUCAGGCCUCAGAGCUGAGAGGACAUUGCAAUGCCUGGCUCGGGCUCUGGCCUCCGCCUUCUCUUCUGCUCUUAACGCCUCCGUCCUCCACAUUGACGGAAGCAGCAAAGCCGACCAGGACAGCGACCAGGUCAAACUGGACAUUGAUGAAAAGCUGCAGAACGCUUUCGAGGGAGACAAGCCCGUAGCUGUCAUUCAUCGCUUUGAAGAGCUGCCUCCUGGCUCCACUCUUAUAUUCUAUCGCUACUGUGACCAUGAGAACGCUGCGUACAAGAAGACAUUCCUGAUUUUCACAGUUCUGCUGGGGGAAGAAGAGGAAAUUCCUGCCCAGGUCCGCUUGAGUACUGUGGAGGAAAUGGUGGACGACCAUCUUCAGAAAAAGUUUCUGUCUCACGGUCACCCUGUAUCUUUUGACAAGAUGGACCUUGACAAGUAUGGUGGACUGUGGAGCCGCAUUUCUCACCUCAUCUUGCCUGUAGCAGCAGAGAAGAAAAUAGAACAUAAAGGGUGCUAGAAUAUAUAAACAAUUAUUCUGGUUUGAACUCUUAGUCUAAGCGCUAAACGUCUACACUUCUCAGAUGUCUCACUAGGUGCUCUGUUUGUCCUGGUGCUGGGAGCCGUUUUAAACAUCCAAAGUUUCUUACAUGUCCUGCUGAAGUGUAUUACAAACGAAGACAUCUUGUUAUGUUUUUCAUCAUGGCACUUGGCACUUCAUCUUUUUAGCCCUGUGUAUAACUGUAAUUAUUGGCAGAUUGAAAAUGAACGGUCGGUUGAAGAUUUGGAUUUUGCAGUAGAUGGACAAUUGCGAUGGUAACUGCUGCAUUUUAAAGUUAUUUAAUGUAAGAUUUAUCUAAUGAUAACUAUUUCACAUAAGUUAAUAGGCUGUAAUAGACAUGUCUUUCAAUACAAGUUUUUUUUCUUAUGAUUAAAGUCUUUUCCUAUUCUCGAUCUGCAUGGCACAUGGUGCCUUAACUAAAUAUCUCAGCCCAGUACACACUACAGGAAAAAGUUUAAUGGAAGAAAACAAAUGCAUAAUUUAAAUGUGCCUUAAACAAUAAAUAAACAAACAACA